AUGGGCAAUUGCUUGGAGACAAGUAGAGAAGGCCAACAACAAGAAGGGGUGAAGACACAACAUCCACAGCAACAGCAACAGCAGCAACAUGAGGCAGAAGGAAGAGGUGGUUUUAUUGAAGAAGAAGGUGUUGGGAAAGGUGGUCUUAGGGUGAAGAUAGUGUUGACAAAGGAAGAGCUAGAGUGGUUGAUGUUUCAGUUGAAGGAUAAGGGAAGGAAAUGUUUAGAAGAUCUGUUAGAGGAGUUGGAGAAAGGUAGAGGCAGAACUGAAGCAUGGAAACCGUCUUUAGAGAGUAUCAUGGAGAGUCCUGAAGUGCAUGAGAUGGACAGAGAAUUCCCUCCACAAUAA